AUCUCCUACGCCGGUUAGCACAAUAGCGGCAGGAACGUGGGGGCGUUGGGGGAUGGAGGGAUGACAUAAAACGAUGCAGGGAGAAGAGGGAGAGAACAGGACUGCGCGCUCAGAUCCCUUCAUGUCAUGUACCUGGAAUAUUUUCAGGAUUUCUCUUCUUUCCUCCUUUUUCCUUCACAGCCUUUUUCUUAAACGAACGGUCCGCCCCCCUCCCCUACACCGCCCCCCGACACACACGCACACACACACACACACACACACACACACACACACACACACACACACUCACACACAUUCAUAAAUACAUACAUACAUACACACGCACAUAUUAACAUGCAUGGAUAUGAAGGGAGAUGUAGUCUUAUUUUAACAUUUGGACUCUGAAAGAAAUAAGGUGAAGGCAACGCUUACAUACAUUCACAUCCACGUAAGGGUGAAUCAGACUUUAAACCAAAGGAUUUGAAACAUUUUUUAUUGUUACUGCCAAUCAAAGUUGCAAAGAUAUCUCCGGGCUUGAAUCGUGACAACAUGGAUGUAUUCGGAGCGUUAUUUGGCGCAUUCGGAGUGCGUCGCUCUCCCAGGACGUGGUGCUGCUGGAGGGUGUUCAUUCUGCUAAGCGUCUUCUUUCACAACUAUCUGAGUACCUUGCUGGAUUGUCCGCCCACCUGCACCUGCUCGCCCACUGAGAUCUACUGCAAUAAGUCGGACAACAGCAAAUUCUUCCCGCUGCUGUCCUUCCAGGGCACCGGGAGCGCCGGGAACAGCACAGGGAGCAUUGAGGAUCUUUUCCAGAACAUCACCUCCAUACACAUUGAGAAUUGGACUGGUCUGCAGACCUUGAGGGAUGUGGAUAUGGAGCUCUACAGUGGUUUACAAAGACUUACUAUUACGAGGAGCAACCUGCAUACGAUUCCGACCCGUGUUUUUUCCAAGAACCCACACCUGCACUACAUAAAUCUGUCCAAAAACCCCAACCUGACCACGCUGUCCUGGCAGAUCUUUGAACAUCUACAACUCUUAGAAUUGCAUUUAGAAGAGGUGAUGUUUGCAUGUGGCUGUGAGAUCCGGUGGCUGCAGCUAUGGCAACAGAGAGGAGAGGCGGGGCUAAGCAGCCAACAGUUAUACUGUGCGGAUGGCUACAGAAAAAUAUUGCUGCAGGAUAUGAACAUCAGCAAUUGUGACCUGCCAGAUAUCAGUGUCAGCCACAGCAACCUCACAGUUGUUGAAGGUGAUCGAGUUACAGCCAUCUGUAAUGGCUCUGGAUCGCCAUUACCUGAGGUGGACUGGCCUGUAAAUGGUUUGCACUCCGUCACUGCUCAAGAGGCUAGAGUCUAUGAGAACAACACUGUUCACUCCAUCAACAUAACUUUGGUCAACGUGAGCAGAGAUGACAACAACUUUCUGCUAACUUGUACCGCCACCAACAUUGUAGGCAAGACAAAUGCCUCUGUUCAGCUAACUGUUCACUUUCCUCCCACCAUUGUGAAGCUGAAGGAGCCAGAACGACGCCAUGACACAUGCAUAGAGUUUACGGUUCGUGGUUCACCACACCCAACCUUAAGAUGGUUCUACAAAGAUAAGGAAAUUUCCCACAGUGAAUAUGUGCGCCCAGAUAUGGAUAUUUAUCAGGAUGAUAUAGAGGGCUGCUUGACCUUUAAAAACCCAACACACCACAAUAACGGCAACUACACAUUGGAGGCUACCAACUACCUGGGUGUAACCACCAGCUCUGUGUAUGGGCACUUUCUCGACAAGCCAUUUGAUGGUCCAGAAACAGAUUAUGAUUACAUAACUCCAACUGCAGAGACUCACAAACCUGAGGAAGAUACUUUUGGGGUUUCCAUAGCAGUCGGCCUGGCAGGGUUUGCCUGUGUGAUGCUGGUGGUUCUCUUCCUCCUCAUCAAUAAGUAUGGACGACGAUCAAAAUUUGGAAUGAAAGGUCCAGUGGCAGUGAUGAGUGGUGAGGAAGACUCUGCCAGUCCCCUUCAUCAUGUGAACCAUGGGAUUAUCAGCCCCUGCACCCUGGAUGCUGGGCAAGAUGCUGUGGUAAUUGGAAUGACCAGGAUACCUGUUAUCGAGAACCCACAAUAUUUCAGACAUGGACACAACUGCAGUAAACCUACCACAUAUGUUCAGCAUAUUAAACGGCGGGACAUUAUUUUGAAGAGGGAACUUGGAGAAGGAGCCUUUGGCAAGGUCUUCCUAGCUGAAUGUUACAACCUGAGUCCCACCAAAGACAAGAUGCUGGUAGCUGUAAAGACUCUGAAGGACCCCACUCUUGCAGCCAGGAAAGAUUUCCAGCGUGAGGCUGAGCUGCUGACCAACCUUCAGCACGAGCACAUAGUGAAGUUCUACGGCGUGUGUGUCGAUGGAGACCCUCUCAUCAUGGUCUUUGAGUACAUGAAGCACGGAGAUCUCAAUAAGUUUCUCAGAGCCCAUGGGCCAGACGCCAUGAUCCUGGUGGAUGGGCAGCCUCUGCAGACCAAUGGUGAGCUGGGUCUGUCCCAGAUGCUUCACAUAGCCAGUCAGAUCGCAGCUGGGAUGAUCUACUUGGCAUCGCAACACUUUGUGCACCGUGAUUUGGCAACCAGGAACUGCCUGGUGGGAAAUGGCCUUCUGGUGAAAAUAGGCGAUUUUGGCAUGUCCAGAGACAUUUACAGCACAGAUUAUUAUAGGGUGGGAGGUCACACAAUGCUACCCAUCCGUUGGAUGCCGCCAGAGAGCAUCAUGUAUAGGAAGUUCACCACAGAGAGCGAUGUGUGGAGCUUUGGAGUCAUUCUGUGGGAGAUCUUUACUUACGGCAAACAGCCAUGGUUCCAGCUUGCCAAUAAUGAGGUGAUAGAGUGCAUCACUCAGGGCAGGGUACUGGAGCGCCCCAGGCUCUGUCCCAAAGAAGUCUAUGAUAUGAUGCUGGGCUGCUGGCAGAGGGAGCCACAACAGCGCCUCAACAUUAAGGACAUUCAAAAGAUGUUGUUUACUCUGAUGAAAGCCACACCAGUCUAUCUGGACAUACUGGGAUAAAAAUGCAUACAAAGGGAUGAGAUGUGUUUCAAGUUAGACUUGAUCAUCACUGGAACAGAAAUGCAUACAAUAGAUCAGAAUGGAAUGGAUUGCCGUGGAACAGAAGUCUGGUCUGGACUCAUGGUAAUGCAACUAUGUGAAGUGGGAUUAGGAUUGGAAUAUUACCUUGCUUUCAACUGCCUGAAACAUAAGAAUGGGAAUGAACUUACUUGGGUGGUAUAAUAUGUAUUUAACUAGAUCAUAAUGAGCUGGACAACACUGCAUUGUUUCACCACCUUAAAAGCUGGGAUCAAGCUUGUGUGGUUCAGUCUUUAUUGAAUGAAAUCAUGACUUAAAAGACUUGAGUAUGAAGUAUGGGUUACAUUGAGAUAGACUGAAUCGGAUUACCUGAUUCUACUUGCCAAGUAUGGUUUCUUUGUUUUAUCCUAAUAAUGUCAUUUCAUCCCUUCUAGAUCACUGGUAGCGUGGGUCCUACUGAAGUCUCGAUAAAAAUUGAUUGUUUGGAUAUUUCAGUUAUUCAACCCUAGAUUACAUUUAUCUAAUCUUAACAUGUUUUCCUCUGUGUCCCUUUAUACAUCAGACAUAAGUUGAUUUGGUUUGGUUGACUAGGUUUUAGGAAUAUUAAAUUAUAUUAGAAUUAUUUACUUAUGAGGCCAUAUUUGGCGUAAUUUUCUUUUUACCUGGUACAGAGUCGUGGAGUGGGGCAUAUCCAAAGAUGACCUGCAGAGUAAUGCUAUGAAUGAUCAGGUUUUUUUUUUUUUUUUUUUUUAAAUGUAGAUGCUUAUGUAUUCCGGGACAAUCUGGUUUCAUCAUUUACCUAUAAUUUAAUAAGUCUUGAGUGUGCCUCAUAGUCAUUUAUGUCAUUUGGCCAAAUCAAAUUUGUCUUAAUGUCCAUAAUAUUAAGCAUAAAAGGUUUUACGCUAAACAUUCAUAAUACAGAAACUAUGAUGAAAUGCUCCACAGUUUCAAUGUAGUAACACAUUUACACUUGUUGAAACACUUCUGAAUUUUAUGAAAUUGUUCUCUCCGAAUGAUCAUCACAAUCUUUGAUGGGCGAUUCUUAGUCAAACAAUGAGGAGAAGAACAGAACUGCUACAUCUUUUCAUUAUGGAACCUCUCUUGGCCAUGACUACUCCUAAAACCAGCUGUGGCUGUUGCUGCAAUUGUCAUGAAAAGAAUUUUACAGAAAGAGGAAUCCACCACUUGCUAUAGAGCCAUCAUGAGUACCAGGCAGCUCUGGUUUAAAAUGAAAAAAAAGUAUUGUUCAUUACCAUGUGUGCUCACCCUUCAUUGGUUUCAUUUCAUUGUUAUUCACUGAGACAUUAGGUAAGCGAGUUAUCAACAAAGAGCAAUGUACAUAAGUGAAACAUGUCAUGUACAGUGGCUACUGUGUUCUUAAGUGCUUGCUCAAAGUCAGCAUCCUUCACUGUUUUCGUCCUCAGAGCCAUCAUAAAUACACCUUGUAGUCCUGAUGUUUUUAGCCCACUAACCUGUUUACCUCUGCAAGAACCAGACCAGACCUUCCCAUCCUGAGCCUACAAGCUUGGUGUGAGUGAGUCUGUUACCACAGAGAUGGACCUAAGUGCCUCCAACUUCUUUCUGAACGCUGGAACUCAAAAAAGUAGUCUUUUGAAAUAAGAGCACUUUUACAUUUUGUUUACAUGCCUAAAAAUGUAAACUAGCUGUAAACUGUCCUCAUUUUUAAACUUUCCUCACUUUUCCGAAAGCAAACCUACUUUAAGCACUCACUUUAUUGCAAAAAAAAAUCUCUAAUACAAGAAUGAAAUAGAAUUGAUCCAGAAAAAUGUCAAUCCCUGUGAAAAAACAAACAAAAAGCUCUUUUGUAUCCUUUGCAGUUCAACAAGAGAGUCAAACUAUCCAAGGUGAAGUUACCUUUUCAUUAAAAAAAAAAGACAAACAAAAAAACAUCUUCUAUAUAUUUUCUAUUUAUUUUUUUAAGUCAAAGAGUGGACCUCUGCAAUUCUUCUAAAGCCAUUGGGACACCCUACCACUUGAUCAAUUAAAAACAACAACAACAACAAAACAGCAUUACAAGGGAAACAACUGGCUGAGAGGAAAUCAUUAAGGAUUACCUUAGAAGAAGCUGAUUUACAUAAUGUGAUUUACCAGGAUCCACCCUGACCUCAGAUGUUGGACAUAAACAAGAAACAUCCUCCUGACAAAAUAGCAUUACUUAUCUGGAAGGAUAAAGACGGAGCCACCAGUUAUUAAAUAAAACGUUGUUACUUUUUUAAAAGAUGUAUAUACUGUAAAUCUCUAUAUCUUGAGAUAUGUUCACUUUUGUUUUUUUUUUAAUGUUUAAUCAUGUCUAGCUUCUUUAUGUGUUAUACGGUUGAUUGAAAACCAGCAGAUGAUUUGAUGUUUUUCUUUCCAAUUGUAAUUUAUCAUUCUUAGUUAAUUUCUUUAUACAUUUAAAAAUUUUAAUUUAUUUUAUAUGAUCGUUUGAUGAUAAUUUAAGAGUCAGGACAAUAGCGGAAAGAUGUAAAAUAUUGGGCCAUAUUCUUUUACUGACCUAUUCAAGUACUAUUCUACUUUCAUAAGCAUUCUUCAGUGUUUCAGUAGAACUUUAUUUACCACUUGUUAUCCAGGGUCAUAAAACGAUCAAUAUGAGUUCCAUCUCUGUGUGUCUACCAACAGUGUUUUGUCUAGUAUGGCUGCAUUUUACAUGUGAUGUGUACCUUUUUUCUACCUUAUUAAGAGUUACCUUUCCUUCUGUCUCUCUCAAUAGAUAGACAGACAGACAGGCAGACAGACAGACAGACAGACAUCUGCUCACAGUCCUGGACUUGUAGCACAAAAAUACUUUACACUUAUGUUAAACCAGUCUUUACCGUUAUGGCUGAGAAGGUUUCUGUGCCACAGCAGCUACACUAGAGCUUAAUUUCUUUGUGGAAAAUUGCAUAUUUUGUUUUGGGAUUUUUAACAAUGAAACACUACAAUGUAUAUUAACAUUCACCUGAGCACCUUACAUUAUUUUGAGAUUACUGCAUUGCAUUGCAUGUUUGCAGAAUAAUAUGUGUACUUUGUGCAGGUGUCAUUUACAUAUAACAUAGCAAUAUGAAUUAUUCUAAUGUAUAGAUAUAGCUGUUGAAUUCUCUCAUAUUGGAAAACUUUUCACAUCACUUCUUCACAAAUGAUAAUCAUUUUUUAUCAGCUCUGUCUGUUAUAAUGCUGAUAAGUAACCUCACCCUGUGCAGAUUUUCAGUGUUUAAGAAAUACAGCAAGGCUAUGUUUGAGAGGCUUUGCUUUUCCAGGAAGUAAGCUUUAAUAUACCUACAUAGCCAGCCACGGACGCUGGAGUUUGCUUUGAAGACUUCGUUGCAUAUGUGCAUAGUCGGUCGUACCUACAUAUUCUACACACACACACACACACACAUUAUCCCCAAGCAUGCACACUGCUGUUGUAGUGUAGUUGCUGUGCAGCACAUAAAUUUUGGGUUGCAUGCAAAAAUGUGAAGGAAUGGACUCUCGUACACCCUCGUGGAUGCUUGCAUACUCCUGGACACUGAAAAUAAAACACUUACUGUGCCUUAGCAUGUCCUUCCAUAUGGUGAGAGAGAACUUUGGGGGAACGAAGGGAGUGGUAAAUGAUUUUACUGUAACUAAGAUAAUUCAAUAACAUUAACUGAAGCUGGUGUUUUGAUUGUCCAACCACAACCAUAAACAUGAUCAUUAACAAUAUCAAAGUUGUCAUUUGACUGGUGACAGGGUUAAAAUUUUGCAGACAAAUUGAACUUUCUUUUCUUCAAAUAUGGAGAAUAGAAACAGUUAAAAUUUCCCAUGUGCAAGUACAUUUUUGAUCUCUACGAGGCCAAAAUUGUAAGCUAUUGCUGAGCCACUGAAUCCUUUGCAGACCAGCUUCUUUUGAACUCUGUAAGACUAUUUAGUGAAGCAGACAGGCCAGGAAAACUUAACUACUUCUGAUUCUACCUGAUUACAGCUGGCAUGACUAAUUUCAGCUAUUGCGUGCAAACUUCAUUGAAGACAAAAUCUCUGUGCAAAACACCUCAAACUAUCAUUUAAGAUACAGAUCACACUGCUAAAAUGUGUUUUGUAUGAUCAAAGCCAGAAGCUUUCAUUGAGUGGUUGUCUCAGUCAUAUACUUCAGUACUUCUAAUGACAUUAGUGCUAAGUGAAAUGGUUCUUUGUUUCUCUCUGUUAGCUAUUGAUUAAUUAUUUUUAUUCUUCUACUUCUUUUGUUUAUUUUUUUGUUUAGCUUUUUAUUUUAUACUGUACCAUUCUAUACUCAUUCGCUCAUUUCUACUGUCUUUUAUCCAUUCAGUUAUUCAGUGUAUUUUGCUCAUACAGUUAUUCUCUGUGCCUUUCUUUCGGUCAUUUUCCUGUAUCAUGUUUCCUAUACAAUGUAUUUAUUCUGAGUAUGUUACAAUCAUCAUUACUUGAUGAAAUAAAUGUCUUUCUCCUCUCUCUCUCUCUCUCUCUCUCUCUCUCUCUCUCUCUCUCUCUCUCUAUAGUGUUGUAUAUCCAACUCCAUACACAUAACUCUGUCUAUUAAAAUAAUUUGACAACUUAUAUAGCAACUUUCUAAAAAGCUGAGAUGUGCUGAACUUUUAAGGUGGCUCUGUAUAUGAUUCUGACUCAUUAAAGUAACUUCAUUGA